AUGUUUGAACCAUGUUAGACGAAAUCUUACGGAUGCGUCGAGUAGGCUACGUGGCCUCCGCGACUCGAUCCGAAUCUCUGGUUUGUUUCUCGUCGCUUUAUCGAUCCCUAUCGGAGACACGUGAACCGACCGAGAAAACGUCCGCCGGUGAUUAAAAAACAAAUAAAAAAAGGACAGUUCGUGCAUGUGAAUUGUCGUCCAGCUCUAUCUUUGAUACAUCCACGAUCGUCAGCCAUGAGGCCCGCCAGCAGCUGGGCCUCUUUGGCAGCGACCGUACUCGCUACGGCCCUGCUCCUCCAGAACAUCCAGGCUGAGGCGCCAGUUUCGGGCAGCUACUUACCUCCGUCGACCAGCUAUGGAACGCCAAACUUAGGCGGAGGAAGCUUCGGCGGAGGCGGCGGCGGUGGUCCGUCUUCCACUUAUGGUGCCCCGUCCGGCGGCGGUGGUGGCGGCGGUGGUCGUCCGUCGUCGACCUACGGAGCACCUAGCGGCGGCGGGGGUGGUGGUUACAAUGGCGGAGGCGGUGGCGGCGGAGGACCGUCGUCCACGUACGGUGCCCCAGGAUUCGGCGGAGGUAACGGGGGAGGAAUAUCCUCCAGCUACGGUGCGCCCGGAUUCGGUGGUGGCGGUGGAGGAGCACCGUCCUCUACUUACGGUGCCCCAGGCGGCGGUGGCGGCGGCGGCGGCGGAAGGCCGUCCUCGAGCUAUGGGGCUCCCUCGGGAGGCGGAAGACCGUCGUCGAGUUACGGUGCGCCUGGAUUCGGAGGCGGAAACGGGGGCGGAAGGCCGUCCAGCAGCUACGGGGCUCCUUCAUCCGGCGGCGGAAACGGCGGUUACUCGGCACCGUCCGGUUCUUACGGUGCCCCAUCCCGUGGAAACGGCGGCGGAAGACCGUCCUCGUCGUAUGGAGCUCCCAGUGGAGGUGGUGUGUCAACUAGCUAUGGGGCGCCUACUGGAGGCGGUGGAGGAUUUGGGAGACCCUCGUCGUCUUACGGUACACCUAGCACCGGUGGUGGCAGUUUCGGAGGCUCCGGCGGUUAUUCCGGAGGCGGCGGCGGUAACGGCGGCUAUUCCGGCGGCGGCGGCGGCUACUCUGGCGGCGGAGGCGGCGGCUAUUCCGGCGGAGGCGGCGGCUAUUCCGGUGGAGGUGGCUACUCUGGAGGUGGAAACGGCGGCGGAGGCGGGGGAUACUCCGGCGGCGGUGGUUACUCGGGUGGCGGUGGCAGUGGAGGUUACUCGGGCGGAGGUAAUGGAGGCUACUCUGGAAGCGGCGGAGGUGGCUAUUCUGGAGGCGGCGGAGGCGGCUACUCUGGAGGAGGCGGCGGUGGCUACUCUGGAGGCGGCGGAGGUGGUUACUCCGGUGGUGGAGGUAGUGGAGGUGGUCAAGGCUACGCCAGCAACGGGGGCUACCAAUACUAAAUACAAAAUAUCGCGCGCGGUGACCUUCGACCUUCUUUCACCCUGGGGCAAGGACAACCUGGCGGGCUGGAGAUCGCGGAACUACAGUGCCGUCGGCGACGGUACCGGCUGCUGCGGGUCGACGGGACCCGAUGGAGGAAGGGUGAACGAAGAAUCGAAGAUCGUUCUCGCGGAAUUGGGAUCAUUCAAGCAUCGAUUCGAAUUCAAAGUUUAAAAGAUCGCCGGACGAGUUUGACCAGAGACGCGUUCCCGCGAACGGCCGGCAGAGGAAAGACAAACGAAAGAAAGAGGAUUAUAUAGUACAGGAGGAGCGACGAGCAGCGAUCUUUUCGCGACCUGGUCCCGGGAACGCGUCCGUCGGAAGUUCUAUUCAUCGAGGGGAACAAAUUUUCACGGAAGAGGGCUGCUGAAAGGAGAUCACGAAAGCGCGGAGACGAAAGAGGAGGGCUGGCAUGGAAAAAGAGUUCAUUCCUCAUUCAGAGCCUGUAAUUUAUUUAUUUUGUAAAAAUGCUUUUUGUACUAAUAAAACUGCUACGCUGGAAAAAAAAGA